UGGAGGAUGAAGUGUGGGCGGAAAGAAUGUGAACUUCACCGGCGCGCAGCAUGGCGUCAUUCCUACUACUUCGUUUUUCGACAAUCAUCUCAGCAUCAUGUAUCGGCAUCUUCUGCACCAACCAACAGUCGCAAGCAAACAAACAAAUUGAUUGUGUCUGUCGCAGGAGCGGGUAUCCAGGUCUAGAUAUAUAUACAUGUGUGUACAGUACAGUGCAAUGCAGUACAGGGUAUGUGCGCGCGCGCUUGCUGACCGGCAGUGAAGGUAAAGGAAGAACAUAUAAGAGAAAGAAGGGGUGAUUAGGUAAGUAGAUGAAUGCGAAUGGGUAAAUGGUGGGUGGGUUGGUGAUGAGAGGAGAAGGAGGAGGGGGUAAGUAAGCGCGAGCCUGUCGCUCUGUCUCUUUUCUCUUCUCUUCCUCUUUCUUCUUCUUU